AUUUAAAAAAAGCACAUGUUUGAUAGUGAGUAUGAAUCAGAUGAUGAUGAUGUUUAUGGUCCGGUAUUGCCGAAAAAUUUUCCGAAAUUAAAAACUAAUGAUGAUAAUGAUGAAAAAUGUCAAUCAAAUGAUGAUGUUUAUGGUCCAACUUUGCCAUCAUCAUCAUUGAAGGUUCCGAUUGGACCAAGUUUGCCAGAAAAUUUUCAAUCAACAUCAUCUCAACAAGAUGAUGACGAAGAUGAUGAUGAUUUCAUUAUCGGACCAUUACCUCCAGGCGAAAUUGAUCGAAAUCAUUUGAAUAAUCAAAAUCGAUCGAUUAAAAAUGAUCGAAAUGAUACGAAAAGAGAAAAAUGGAUGCUUGAACCAGGUAAAUCACUCGGUCGAUCAUUUCAAUUGCCAACAAAAUCCGUAACGAAAUUCAGUCAAAAAACAUCGACCACUAAAAAACCAUUAACCGAAGAUGAAUUAAUGGAAAUUCGUGCCAAUGAACAAAAAGAUAAAAAAAUUGAACAAUUUUUAGAAAAAUUUGAUAAAACAAAUAACCGCGAACGUUCGUUAAUGGAAAUGCAUCGAAAAGAUUUAAAAAAUAAUAAGAAACCAAAAGCCACUGAUUCCACUGCCACUAAACAAUCUGAACGACGUGAAUUUGAUCGUGAAAAAGAUCUUUGUGCACCAAGAAUGGAUUCGAAACGAAAAAAAUCCCUGAUUAAUGCGGCAUCCGAUUCAUUUGGUACGAAAUUUUCACGUGGAAAAUUUGAAAAAUUUUUAUGAAAAAAUGAAAAUGCAAAACAUCAAUCUUGAUCCACAAAAAAAAGCAAAAUAUAUUUCGAAAAAAAAGAAGAAGAAAUUUUACAAGGAGAAUCAU